AUGUCGUCCAACGCGGGCCUGAAGUCGGUCAACCCGCUCAUCUCGAAUCAGUCUUCCGAACUCCAAGCGGUCCUGCACCCCCUCGUGCUCCUCAGCAUCUCCGACUACAUCACCCGCCACACUCUCCGAGAACAUGAGUGGCCCAUAAUUGGUGGCCUGAUGGGCCAGCACAACGGCCGUGAAGUCACCAUCGAGCACGCCUUUGACUGCCAUGUUGCCCCGUCCCCCGACACGCCCUACAAAUACGGUCUGGACCUGCCUAGAGUGCUUGGACGGAUAGAGCAGAUGCGUGCUGUCCACAAGGACCGAAGUCUCGACUUUGUCGGCUGGUACACGCUCCUGCCCAAAACGGGCCCGACUCAAGAACUCACCCAUAUCCACAACACCAUCCUCAACCACAUUAACGAGUCGGCCAUCCUCCUCGGCUUCCACCCGAAGGAAGUUCUCGACCAUUCCGUAGGCGGCAAGCUCCCUCUGACCGUGUACGAGAGCAACUAUGAAGUCGACGACGCCGCCAAGGCCGCCGAUACGGAAGGCGACAAGACGAUGGAAGACGGCGAGUCUACGCUGAAGCUCCGCUUCCGCGAGCUGGGCUACACAGUCGAGACGGGCGAGGCCGAGAUGAUCAGCAUGGACUUUGUGGCUCGGGGCAGCGGAACGGCCACCGCCGUCGAGCCCCCCAAAGAGAAGCAGAAGGGAAAGGACGCCAACACCGCCAGCGGGAAGGGCAAGCAAAAGGCCGACAGCCUCCUCCCGGUAGAGGACGACGCGGCGCUGACGCCGGAGGAGGAAGAGAUGAUCGCCGCGCUGACGGCCAAGGCGAAUGCGACCAAGAUGCUCUUGUCACGCAUCCACCUCAUCAUGACCUACCUCGAACGUCUGCCCGCGGCGUACGUCUCGGGCAAGGAAAUGUCUGCACAACCCGCAGGCGACCACGAGACGACGCCUUCGAAUACCAUUUUGCGACAGAUUCACGCACUCGUCGGCCGACUGGACCUGGUUGAGCCGUCGGAUGUUGAGGCCUUCCGGAGGGAGGUGGUAUGCGAGCAGAACGACGUCCACCUCGUCUCCCUCCUCAAUGACGUCAUGCAGAGCGUGCAGGAAGUGCGGUCCAUGGGUCGCAAAUUCGACGUUGUCGACUCGGCCAAGGCUCGCGACCAGCGGAAUAGGACACCCUGGGAGAUGCCCACGGGUAGGCCUAGCCCUUACGGUAUCCAGGGCGCCGGGGACAUCAUGUUUUGA